AGGGCUGGCUCAGACCGGCCGGCCCGGGGCGGCGCCCAAAGCGGGCCCUCCCCGGCGCCAGUCGGCGGGCCCAGCCCGCCGCGGGCCCCCGAGCGCCCGGCGUGGGCGGAGGUUCCGCUCUGCGCAGCCCCGGCGGCGAGCCCCCGCGCGGGGCUGCGCGGCGGCCAUGCCGUCGUCCAGCCUGUACGAGAUCAGCGGCGCCACAGCGGGGUGGUGGCGGUGGCGAGCGCGGCGGACCCGCUCGAGUACCCAGUGCAGCUCGGGAUAGCCUACCUGCUGCUCGUCGGGUACCUUGUGAGGACGCUGUUCGUGACCCUGCACCUUCCCGCGUCCGUGGGGGUCAUCAUCACGGGUUUCGCGUUCUCUGGCGGAUUUCUUCCAGAGCGACAUUUUUUUCGCGAGGGACCAGCUGCAGGAGCUGGCCUUCUUCCUCGUGCUGUUCACCGCUGGGCUAGAGAUCAAGGUCGCGGAGCUUCAGUGGCACCUCUUCGUGAUGGCCUUCCUUCCAGCCUCCUGCGAGAUUCUGGGCAUCACUGCAUACGGCGUGCUAGUGUUAGGCUUCCACCCCAUAGAGGGCUUGGUACUUGGCACGGUCUUGGUCGCAAUCGGUGACGGGCUGGUGAUUCCCAAGAUGAAGGAGUUCGGCGUGCGCUUCAAGGGCCAUCCCAUGCCCAGGCUCAUGUUCACCUGGGCUCCACUGGAGGCCUCCUAUGCCCUGACGGUCUUCGGCAUCCUCGUCGGGAUGUCGGCACCAGCACACCAGCCAGACGUGCACCUGGGACUCCUCGUGGUCGGAAACGUGCUGCGAGUGAUUGCCACGAUCGCCGUGGGUGCCUUCCUCGGCGGCGUGGCUGGGUGGCUCAUCCCCAUCCGGACGGCACUCCUGUGGAGCCGGCGGCAGGUGUUCUCGGGCUCCGCCGUAGAGGCGUUCCUGAUGGUGCUCUCCGUCGCGCUCACAGCCUUUGGCCUCGGCGGGGCGUCCGACCACGGGAAAGAGCUGAUCCCGAUGGGUUUCAGCCCGGGCUCCAUGUUCCAGCCCGAGCUGCUGGUGAUCGUCACGGGCAGCUGCUUCGCCUCGUACACGGAGCCCAGGCUGCUGCACGAAGUGGAGGGCAUACUGGGCGGCGUCUGGGUCUUCGGCCAGCUGUUCCUGUUCAGCAUGUUGGGCAGCAGGACCACGCCGGCGAUCAUGACGCAGCUGUACAGGGUUCUGCCAGUGAUGCUCGUGGGGCUGUCGUUUCGUUUCGCAGGGGUUUUCUUCGGUAUGACGUUGACAAUGAAGGCGCGCGGCCGUAAAUGGAAAGAGCUCCUGCCGGACGUGGUCUUCUGCUUUCUGUCCACCUUGCCAAGGGCGACCAUCCAGGGCGCUCUCGGGGCCGUGCCGGUCACACAGCGCUUCUUCAACAGGUUUCCCCAGAGGCUUCUGGCACAGGAAUUCAUUUUCAUCGCUGCCCGUCUCUACAUUGUCAGCAUGUCGAUCGUGGGCAUGAUUCUCCUCAACGCUUUCGGCCCCCGAAUGCUGCAGGCGACCAUGCACGACCCUGUCCACGAGAGAUGUCCGACCGCAGAGACCAGCUCCAUCGACGCGUCCAUCGAAGGCAGUCACGCGGAAGACGUGAACAGUCGUGAAAAUUCCGAUGCGCUGCUGGCUCGCCCCAGAAGCGGCGAUGCCGUUCAGAACGCUCUGGAGACUCUCGCGGAGAAGUUCAGCCUGCCGCCAGGCGAGGUCCUUAGCAUGCUGUGCCACGCUUCGGAGGCGGGGAAGGACGCCGACAACCACCGCGGGCACCCGCCCUUUGCGAGGCAGAACUCGGCGCCGGAGAUCGACAGCGGACACGUGCGCUGCGAUCAUCUCGGGAUGAGGCUCCACUCCAGGGUCCAGCAGUCCGUCCGAAGUGGCAGGAGACGCUUCGAGCCCACAGGGAAGGCCAUGGACAUCGAAGACUGCGAGCUCGCGCUGGCGCAGUUUGAGGCCGCGGGGAGCCUCAUGGCCGCCCACAUGGGCAUGGCCGCCGAGGGCCUGUAGCCCACCGCCGGGGAGCCUCAUGGCCGCCCACAUGGGCAUGGCCGCCGAGGGCCUGUAGCCCAUCAGCUCCCUCCUGUCUUCGUCCGUGCUCCUUUUGGUAGCGCGAUGACUGUGACCGCAGCCCGCGCCAGCUCCUGCGAGCUCCCCCGCAGGGUUUGCACCAGCGGUUUUUUGCGCCUGUGCACGGCAGGCUGUGCAACAUCUUCCGACGUCUCGCCGCGGGCAGGUGCCCGUGCGUGGUGGUCCAAAUUCAAAUCAUGAGUGCGCAAUUCGCAGUGGUGAGUGCUCCUUAGCGCGCGUAGCUUUAUCGGAGGGUGGUUCUGAGGUAUUUGCAAGGUCGCGCUCUGAUGUUGUCCUGUGUGAGUGGUAGUAGUUACUACACAGCUGGCAUGCUCGUCCCCGCGUGAAGUGAUAGUGGCAGAGGGGCUCGUCUCACGCAGGCGGAAUACAGAACGGUAUCUUUUCGAAGCUACUUGAGUUCUGGGCUGGCUUGCAGCAGAAGUGCAGAAAGUGUAGUUUGACAUUUUUGGCCACAUCAAGGGCACUUCUGAUGCGACCGAGAAUUUCAGUCGUCGUGCCCGCAGGGCGCCUCUGCAGCACUAGGCUUUCGCGCGACGCCAGCUCACGGAGCCGGUGCAGGAGUAGCGCAGCGUUGCUUGCUUCUCGACCUUCAGUAGGUUUGGUUUAUGUGCGCGCUGCUCUGUCUCACGCGAAAGGGCCCACCGACGGCGCGAUGCAUGACACAAAAACUUGAGAUGUCGCCAGAGGGCGUUCUCCCCCCGUGUGUCGCACAUCCCCGCCUCGCCGAGCCACGCCCAGAGGACCGAAACCCUCCAUCUGGCAUGCCGAGCUGCGGCUCGCAGGGUGAAGCAGCAGAGCCUCGGAAUGGAGGCCGGACCUCUACUCUGAAGGCUGGUUGCUCUCGGCAGCUCCGCGCGGCUCGGCGAUCCUGCUCUCUUACGGAGGAGGUCCCCGCCGCGCCCCGCCACCGGCGUGGCCGCCAAGGCGCCGUCGGUGGUGCCUUUCGGGCUGCCCCGGGUGGCCCAGCCGAGGAAGAGAGGGGAG